AUGUCCCGCGAGGCGGGCUCCUGCCGCCCCGGCCCAGGGGCGCGGGUGAGGGCUCGCAAGCCCAAGAAGCCGCACUACAUCCCGCGGCCGUGGGGCAAGCCCUACAACUAUAAGUGCUUCCAGUGCCCCUUCACCUGCCUGGAGAAGUCGCACCUCUACAACCACAUGAAGUACAGCCUCUGCAAGGACUCGCUCUCACUGCUGCUCGACUCCCCGCACGGGGCUUGCCGCCGCACCCCCGCCGCGCCCCGGCCCCGCGUGCCCAGCCCCGACCGCCCCUCGGGGCCCCCCGCCGCCGCCGCCGCAUCCGACCGGACCCCCGAAGUCCUCUCCCUGCACCCUCACGCCGGGGGCCCUAAGCUGGGGGCAGAGAGGUCCCCUGCAGCCCGGGGUGCUCAGAAGGGUGUGGCCCUGGGCGGGCUCCCGGCCGAGUCCUGGAAGCCCGGGCCGAGCCGGGGCCCUGGGGGCCUGGCUGUGCUGGACGCAGCCGCACCGGGCCCUGAGACCAGGGUCCCCUGCCACCCCCCGCCGACCCCCAGUGAGCUCCCUGAGGCCCAGAGCCUCCAUCUGUCCCUGCUGGGUGUCAACUGCCCUCUCGCCCCGGGUCUCUUCUCCUGCCUGGGGCCCUCCUUGGCCGCUGCGGCCCACAUGCCCUUUCUGGCCCCGGCCAGCCCCCUGCUGACACCGGCUUCCACUGUCCCUCCCCCACAAGCCGACCGCCCUGCCCUGGUGCCCCGCCUGUACUACCCCCUGCUCCUGGAGCAUGCCCUGGGGCUGCCAGCAGGCAAGGCUGCCCCUGCCAAGCCCCCAGCACCCCCAAAGGGGCCCCCUGGGACUCUGGCCCCUGGGCUGGGCAGGCCCUGGCCCCGCGGCGGAGCCCCUACGGACUCAGGGCCGGGGGGGGAGCUGGAGCUGGCUGCCCAGACUGACCCCAAGAGGAGGCUGCCCCUGGGAAGCGGCCUGGACCCCCUGAAGGGCCCCUGUGGCGCGGUGAAGUUUGGCUCCCAGAGCAGCUUGCGUGCUGGCUCCUCCACGAUGCUCUGGCCUGAGGACAAGGACCCAAGCAACCCCGAGCCCCCAGGCCCUGGGGCCCUCCUGCCCCAGCAGCCCCUGGGUCUAGUGCCAGGUGGCCCAGGGCACAUGGGUGACGACCUGACUCGGGCCCUGGGUGACUAUGCCAGAGUGGAGCAGCGCCUGGGGCAGCUGGCGCCUGCUGGGGGCCUGGCCCCUCGGCCUCUGCGGGAGCAGCUGGGCAAGAUCCGCCAGGAGCUGCUCAUCAUCCACCAGGCACUGGAGCGGGCUGUUCGGCCGCCAGAUGCACCCCUCGACCUCUCUGUGAAGCGGGUGUCCACCAAGGGGCCCAAGGGGCCUGUGGGGCCCUGGGGGCAGCUAGAGCUGGGCCCCACACUCGCCCAGGGGACCCCCGAGCCACCUAGCAUGCUGGGCCCUGCACCCGCUGAGCCUUUCUCCGGCCACACCACCAAGUGUGAGGCUGACUCCAGUGUCCCCCCUCCGGGCCUCCCCCUUCCGGCCCCAGAGGACCCUGUCACCCCUGGCAGCAGCUGGGGUGCCCGUGGCGGGCCUGCAGGCUCCUGGCCCCCUGAGGCUGUCCCUGGUGCCGAGGUCUCACCACAGCCUCGGUGCUAG